AUGAAAUUAUUUUAUAGUUUAGGACGAUCUGAACCUUGUUUACGUUUAAUUAAGGCAUUAUUUUUUAGGUCUUCAGCUAUUCUCUGUACAGUUCUUCUAGCAAAACCUCUUUUAAUAGAAAUUUGGUUUAAACUCAAUCCUGAAUCAAUGUCAUCACAAAAUAAAGCUUUUUUAAUAUCAUAUUAA